CCUCCUUUCACUCUCUCUCACUCUUCACUCUCACUCCACCACUCUACUCCUUACUCGUCCUCCUCCUCCUACUACUACUACUCCUCUCCUCCUACUCAUCACCUAAUCAUCCCUCAUCACCACCUCUUUCCUCUAAUCCAUCUCCAAUCGACACUCUCAUCCCUCCUCCUCCAACGCCUAUACGCCUACUGGCCUCGCCGCUCCCGGUCCCCUUCUCGCUGCCGCGUCACCCACCCCUUUUCAUCCUUCCCCCCCAUUGGCCUGCCCACCGCCAAACCCACCACCACCCCUUCCUCGCCGUCUCCCCCACACCGUGCUCACCAUGCCCUCCAAGGCCCACUCAUCCUCCAAAGCUCCCACCCGCCAGCCAAAAAACAUUGUCGUCGUUGGCGGCGGCAUCGUCGGAGUCUGCACGGCUUACUUCCUCGCCAUCUCACCUCACCGUGCAGCCGGAUCCAAGAUCACCCUCGUCGAAGGCACAGGCGUCGCCUCGGCUGCCUCCGGAAAUGCGGGCGGCUUCCUUGCCCGUGACUGGCACGGCCCCGCAACUGCUAGCCUUUCUGCAAUGUCGUUCGACUUACACCGCAAGCUUGCGGAGCAGUUCGGGGGCUCCAAGCAUUGGGGAUAUCGUUCUGUUGACACUUUGUCCGUGACAAUCGAUGGGCAGGCAGAACCUGCCACCUCCCGUUCGCCUGUGCCGUGGAUCCCCAAGGGAAAUAUUCACAAGCACUCGCAGCUCGGCACACAUUCCACGACAGCACAGUGCCACCCUCGGCUGUUAACGAGAUUCCUCGCCGAGCGAUUCCUGCGCGAAGAGGGCUGCUCCCUUGUGCUUGGGACGGCCAAGGCGCUGGCAUUGGACUCUGAAGGUGUGCCUCAGACUCUCAUGGUCAAUCUCAAAGAGGACGGAAGCGAGCGUAUCAUUGAUGUCGACACGGUCAUUCUCACAGCGGGACCAUGGCUUGGCCGCUUGGCCGAGGCUCUCCUCCCUUCGUCGGCGGCGCGAGGCAUCGCAGUCGAUGGCCAGAUGGCCCACACCCUUCUCCUCCGUCCCAAAGAGCCGACAACUCCUCACUGCUUAUUCGUCGACCUCACCCUUAAUGACGGCGCAGUAUCCGAGCCUGAAGUGUACCCGCGGCCUGACGGGACCGUUGUCAUUUGCGGUGCUUCAUGUGCCGUCGACUUGCCUGAGACUGCUGGAGAUAUCAUUGGCGACCCCGCGUCCGUUGACAAGUUGCGGACACAAGCUGCCGGCAUCUCACCGGUGUUCAGCGAGGAGGGCGGUGCGACGUUUGAGUCGUCGACAGCAUGUUUCCUCCCAAUCCCCGAUCGCGGACGCCCUUGCAUUGGCAAGGUUCCAGGCAUGGAGGGCGUGUACGUUGGUGGCGGGCUCAGCUGCUGGGGCAUUACCCAAGGCCCGGGCACAGGAUUGGUACUCGCCGAGAUGGUGCUCGAGGGCGAGGCCAAGACAGCGGAUGUGUCCAAGCUGUCACCAUAGGUGUGUGCUGGUGGGCUGGCAGAGUGAAGAAGGGAAGAAGUCGGGGAAGAAGUCGGGGCGAGAGGUGCAUUGCAGUCGGUCCGUACCUCCAUAAGCAUGUACGGUUGGUUGCUCAUGGCUGACAGCUAAUGGUGAUGCAAAACGCUGAUGUCAAGG